AUGCCAUCCAUCGCCCUGCGACAGAGCAGGCGAUGCAGACUGACACAUCCGGGUGCUCUUUUCAGAACCUCUCACGCCCUAUACUCGACAGCCCACGCGCGCGCUCCAAACAAUUCCUCAUGGCGCCCCGUCGCCAUCCUCGACGAAUGGGUCGCAAAGGAAGCCCGCCCUAUUAGUCUUCGCCAGCUCAUGGUAUUCGGUCGAUCCCUCACAGAAUCUCGCCUCAUCAGCUCUGCCAACUAUGUCCGCACCGAAUUGCCCAUCCGCAUCGCACAUCGCCUCCGGGACAUGCAGCGCCUGCCCUGGGUCGUCGUCACGAACCCCCACAUGAAAGCUGUAUAUGACCUCUACUACAAUGCCUUUGACACAUUCCGCAAGAUCAAAGAGGUCAAGACACUGGAGGACAACGACAAGAUGUGCGAUAUCAUCAGCCAGAACCUCAAGAGUCACUUGACCGUCAUACCAAAGCUUGCUAUGGGGAUUCUAGAGUGCGGCGGACUCAUGGAUCCCAAUGACCUGGACAAAUUCAUGAAUACUAUUCUCAGAUCUCGCAUCUCAAGACGAGUCAUCGCUGAACAGCACUUAUCCCUGACCGAGACCUACAACUCCCCCAACUUCUCCCCUGGCGCCAAGCUAUCCGAAUCGGACUUUAUCGGCGAGGUUUUUAUAAAAUGUUAUGCAAAAGACGUCAUCGAACGCUGCUCAAAAGCCGUUAGAGCCCUAGCUCGAACGACCAACGGUCCUGGCGUUCAGAUCCCCGAGAUCAAGGUUGAGGGCUACCUCGACGCGUCUUUCCCCUACAUUCUGAGUCACCUCGAGUACAUCAUCGGCGAAUUGCUCCGAAACUCGGUCCAGGCCGUCAUCGACCGACACCAGCAGAUACAUGCCGACCCUAACUCUGUGAAACCGCACCCUGUCGAGGUCACCAUCUGUGAGAACCACCAGCACGUCAUCAUCCGCAUCUGUGACCGUGGUGGCGGCAUCCCCCGGGUGGAGCUCCCUUACCUCUGGUCUUUCACCAAGGGACCGCAGAGUCAGAGGCGCCUUGAGAAUCUCGCCCAGGUGCCCAAGAUGGCCGCCACCAUGCAGGAACUCCACGUCGAGGAGGAGCUGGGCCGCGCUGACCUCAAGGCCCCGCCAUAUCAGAGCUCUCUCUCUUCGCUCACCAGCCGACCACCUAAUCUGCGCCUGGGCAUGGGAUUGCCCCUGAGCCGUGUCUAUGCUGAAUACUGGGCUGGUAGUCUGGAUUUGCACAGCCUCGAAGGUUACGGGGUUGACGUGUUCCUACAGAUUUCACGACUGGGCAACAAGAAUGAGCAGCUCACAACGCGUGCUAGCAUGGAUGCUUUGUGA